AUGGUCAUUCUUCAUUUUAAUGUCGGUGGACAGCAAUUUUCCACAACCACCAGUACACUGCUCCAGGAAAAAAAUUCUUUGUUCGCUCAGUGGUUCGCAACCAUGCAGCCACCAUUGGAGAAGGACAGUAACGGAGCUUAUUUCAUUGAUCGCGAUCCAGUCAGUUUUGGCACUAUUCUGAAUUACUUGCGACUGAAAUCAGCGAGCCAAUUAUGGGAAGCAUGCUUGCCGAAGGAUCCGGAUCGACUAGCUCUUCUAACACAGGAAGCCGAAUAUUACAGGCUUUAUCAACUUCGCGAUCAAGCAGUUGCCCUGCUUCAGAGCUGUACGGAGAAAGCGGAUAUGUCAUAUGUGAACGAACAAUCUUAA